CGCAGCGGGUCGGCCCGGGCCGGGCGGCCGGCGGCGCAGGGCAGGAUGGUGGACACCGAGAGCCCGAUCUGCUCCCUCUUCCCCCUCGAGGCCGACGACCUGGAGAGCCCGCUCUCGGAAGAGUUCCUGCAGGAAAUGGGCAGCAUCCAGGACAUGUCCCAGUCCCUCGGGGAGGACAGCUCCGGAAGCUUCAGCUUCACCGACUACCAGUACUUAGGCAGCGGCCCCGGGUCCGAGGGCUCCGUCAUCACGGACACGCUUUCCCCGGCUUCGAGCCCCUCGUCGGUGUCUUACCCUGUGGUCCCCGGCAGCGCCGAGGAGGCCUCCAGCACAGCACUCAACAUCGAAUGCAGAAUCUGUGGGGACAAAGCCUCGGGCUACCAUUACGGGGUUCACGCGUGUGAAGGCUGCAAGCAUGACCGUAAGAAGGACACGUGCCGACACCUGCGGCUCCCAGGGCAGCGCAUCUACGAGGCCUACUUGCGGAACUUCAACAUGAACAAGGCCAAGGCCCGGGGCUUUCUGGCCGGCAAGGCCGCCAACAACCCGCCCUCUCUCUCUCCUUUGGGGACAGAUCGCCCGGGCCUCCUGCACGUGGGACAGAUCGAGAAGAUGCAGGAGGGCAUUGUGCACGUGCUCCGGCUGCACCUGCAGGGCAACCACCCCGACGCCGCCUUCCUCUUCCCCAAGCUCCUGCAGAAGAUGGCGGACCUGCGGCAGCUGGUCACGGAGCACGCGCAGCUGGUGCAGGUCAUCAAGAGGACCGAGGCGGACGCCGCGCUGCACCCGCUGCUGCAGGAGAUCUACCGCGACAUGUACUGAGGCCCCGAGCGCAGGAGGAGCUGCUCCACAGCGCUGCAGAGAGGGGAGCGAGGC